GUAUGAAAUUAAAGUCUAUAUAUCUAGUAGAUCUGUAUAGGGGAUCAUAUAAAGGGGAUGAUUUUAGAUCUAAGCAAUUUGAUGAAUUACUUCUAAAAGUUCAUAUCAAAAUAGCACUAGUUGAUGAGAGUUACUUCGGAAACAAAAAAAGUAAAGUCAAAUUUUUUUGCUUAUUUUCUCAAUUCCAAUAAAAUGCAACUGGAUCUAGUAUGUAUGAGUUGGCGAUCAGAAUCUAUAUGGAUAGAAUUUAUAGUGGGGUCUCGAAAAACAAGCAAUUUCUGCUGGGCCUUUAUUCUUUUUUUUGGUUCAUUAGGGUUUUUAUUAGUUGGAACUUCUAGUUAUCUUGGUAGGAAUUUGAUAUCUUUAUUUCCGUCUCAGCAAAUAGUUUUUUUUCCACAAGGAAUCGUGAUGUCUUUCUAUGGGAUCGCGGGUCUCUUUAUUAGUUCCUAUUUGUGGUGCACGAUUUUUUGGAAUGUAGGUAGUGGUUAUGAUCGAUUCGAUAGAAAAGAGGGAAUAGUAUGUAUUUUUCGUUGGGGUUUUCCUGGAAAAAAUCGUCGCAUCUUUCUACGAUUCCUUAUGAAAGAUAUUCAGUCCAUCAGAAUAGAAGUUAAAGAGGGUAUUUAUGCUCGGCGUGUCCUUUAUAUGGAAAUCAGAGGCCAGGGGGCCGUUCCCUUGACUCGUACUGAUGAGAAUUUGACUCCACGAGAAAUUGAGCAAAAAGCUGCUGAAUUGGCCUAUUUUUUGCGUGUACCGAUUGAAACCAUGCAAACUAGAAAUACUUUUUCUUGGAUAAAGGAGGAGAUUACUCGAUCCAUUUCCGUAUCGCUCAUGAUCUAUAUAAUAACCGGGGCAUCCAUUUCAAAUGCAUAUCCCAUUUUUGCGCAGCAGGGGUAUGAAAAUCCACGAGAAGCAACUGGGCGUAUUGUAUGUGCCAAUUGCCAUUUAGCUAAUAAACCCGUGGAUAUUGAGGUUCCACAAGCGGUACUUCCUGAUACUGUAUUUGAAGCGGUUGUUAGAAUUCCUUAUGAUAUGCAACUGAAACAAGUUCUUGCUAAUGGUAAGAAAGGGGCUUUGAAUGUGGGUGCUGUUCUUAUUUUACCGGAGGGGUUUGAGUUAGCCCCACCUGAUCGUAUUUCGCCCGAGAUGAAAGAAAAGAUAGGCAAUCUGUCUUUUCAGAACUACCGCCCCACUCAGAAAAAUAUUCUUGUGAUAGGUCCUGUUCCUGGUCAAAAAUAUAGUGAAAUCACCUUUCCUAUUCUUUCCCCAGACCCUGCUAGUAAUAAGGAUGUUCAUUUCUUAAAAUAUCCCAUAUACGUAGGCGGAAAUAGGGGAAGGGGUCAGAUUUAUCCCGACGGGAACAAAAGUAACAAUACAAUUUAUAAUGCUACGGCAACAGGUAUAGUAAGCAAAAUCAUACGAAAAGAAAAAGGGGGGUACGAAAUAACCAUAACGGAUGCAUUGGAUGGACAUCAAGUGGUUGAUAUUAUCCCCCCAGGACCAGAACUUCUUGUUUCAGAGGGUGAAUCUAUCAAACUUGAUCAACCAUUAACAAGUAAUCCUAAUGUGGGUGGAUUUGGUCAGGGGGAUGCAGAAAUAGUACUUCAAGAUCCACUACGUGUCCAAGGCCUUUUGUUCUUCUUGGCAUCUAUUGUUUUUGCACAAAUCUUUUUGGUUCUUAAAAAGAAACAAUUUGAAAAGGUUCAAGUGUCCGAAAUGAAUUUCUAGAUCCGUGGAUUUAUCAACAUCAAAUUUGUAAAAAAGAACAAAUUCUUCCUGGCAAUUAGGUUAGGUAUGAUGAAAAAAGUAUGAAAAGUCUUUUGCUUGUUUAUAUUCUUUCUCUAGGAAUUACUUUUACCGCAUUCAAAAUCUGUAUAUUGUGAAGAAGACUAUUUGUCUUUACCCCUUCUUUUCUUUUUUCAAUCUAAAUGGGAGGGGUGUAAUUAUAUCCCUAUUGUCAGAUUGAAAUGUCACAGAAUGGGUUUUGUUUUCUAAAUUCAAUUUGAUUAGAUACUAAACAUAAGAUAAGUAAGCGGAGAAUAGAAAGGAAGGAUAAAUGAGGGGAACAAAUAAUUACAGGGAGUAUUCUUCGUCUUCCUAGCCUUCGGCACAAGAAAAGGAUGUGUAAAAUUCCUUUUCUUGUGUCGAAAUAAUAACAAUUCCGGAUCCCAUUCGUCAAAGAUUUCUAUUCUUAGUUUAUAUUU